AUGGGUAUCACGAUCGUUCUGGGUAGCCAGUGGGGUGAUGAAGGAAAGGGGAAGAUCACAGAUAUGCUUUCGCAGCAGGCUACGCUCUGCUGUCGUGCUGCUGGCGGCCACAAUGCGGGCCACACCAUUGUCCAUGACAACAUCACUUACGACUUCCACAUUCUUCCCUCUGGAUUGGUGUCUCCCUCCUGCGUUAACCUCAUCGGCGCUGGAACUGUUGUGCACGUUCCCAGCUUCUUCAAGGAGCUGGCCUCGUUGGAGGAGAAGGGGCUGAAGGAUGCCGGCAAACGCAUUUUCAUCUCCGACCGCGCGCAUGUCUGCUUCGAUCUGCACUCCGUUGUUGAUGGUCUGGAGGAGGCUAAGCUGGGUGGUCGCAAGGUCGGUACCACCGGUAAGGGUAUUGGUCCUUGCUACAGUGACAAGGCUGCCCGUCGGGGUGUCCGUAUUGGCGAGAUUCUGGACGAGACGGUCUUUGAGCGCAAGCUGCGGUCUUUGCAUGCUGGAUAUACUGCGAGAUUCGGUGACCUGGAAUAUGAUGUCGAGGAGGAGAUUGGUCGAUUCAAGGACUACCGGAAACGCUUGGUCCCCUACGUUGUCGACCAACUUGCCUUCUUCAAGCAGUACAAGGACUCGCCGAACACUCUCGUUGAGGGCGCCAACGCUCUCAUGCUCGACCUGGACCACGGAACCUACCCCUACGUGACCUCCUCGUCCACCGGUCUGGGUGGUGCCGUCCAGGCUCUGUCCCUCAACCCUGCCAGCAUCACCUCCGUUAUUGGUGUGGUCAAGGCGUACACCACCCGUGUCGGCUCGGGCCCCUUCCCUAGCGAACAGUUGAACGAAUACGGCGACAAGCUGCAGUCAGUCGGCAGGGAAUUCGGUGUCACCACCGGCCGUCGUCGUCGCUGCGGGUGGUUCGAUCUCGUCCUCUGCCGCUACUCCCAGGCGGUCAACCACUACACCGCGCUGAACCUGACCAAGCUGGACAUCUUGGACGACUUUGACGAGAUCAAGGUCGCAGUUGCCUACGUCCUUCCUGACGGAACCCGCCUGACCGACACCUACCCGGCCAACGCCGAUGUCCUUGAGAAGGUCAAGGUCGAGUACGUCACUCUGCCGGGCUGGAAGAGCAAUACAAUGGGUGUCAAGAAGUACGAGGACCUUCCUGCCAAUGCCCGCGCCUACAUCGAGUACAUUGAGCGGGAACUGGGCGGUGUACCUGUAAAAUGGAUCGGUACCGGGCCCGCCAGAGACCACAUGAUCUGCCGGGAGUAA